AUGAACCGGGAUAAAGUGCAGGCUGGCGAAUCCAUCGUGCCUGCCGCUGUGAUCGUGGUCGCUCCGCGGGACGGCAUGGACGACAAGCGGCUCGCUGCCGGAGAAUUGCCCGUGUUUAACUGCGCUGGAGAGAGAGACGCUUUACCGGCGGAGAGUCGAGAAACCUCACCGAGACACGAGCCCUCACCCGCCGGCGCGCCUCCUACAGUCCACAGGACAACCUCCUUCUCGGUUUUGGACAUUUUGGACCCCAAUAAAUUUACUAGUAAGAAGCAAACACCUAACAGGACAGGUUGUGAUUUCACGUUUGGUGCGGAAAACAGAAGCGAUGACUCAAACCACACGAUGGACCUCAAGUCUUAUCAAGAGGACUACGACUGUAAAAAAACAUCAGGGAUUUUAAAAGACGGAUUUGUGUUCCGGUCAGAUGAAUGCGAGGCUGAUUUGACCCGAGGGCAUCAGUCGGACAGCGAGCUGCAGGAGGACCUGUGCAGCGAGGAGAGCAGCGGCCUUAUGAUAGGAAACAACGACGCCGAGUUUGGACAGCACGAGGACGACGACUCACUAAGUAAAAGUCCAGAAGGACAGCAGACUCAACAGUCCUCAUCAAACGGACAGAAUCACUCGGUCAAACCCAAACGUAAGCGCUCCGGUUCAGACUCCAAGUCUGGCAAACCCAGAAGGGCCCGAACUGCGUUCACGUAUGAGCAGCUGGUGGCUCUGGAGAACAAAUUUAAGUCGACGCGAUACCUGUCCGUGUGCGAACGCCUCAACCUGGCGCUGUCUUUAAGCUUGACAGAGACUCAGGUGAAAAUAUGGUUUCAGAACCGCCGGACCAAGUGGAAGAAACAGAACCCGGGAGCAGACACGAGCGCACCGACCAGCGGGGGUGGAGGAGGACCGAGCAGCGGGCUGGGCAGCCUGAGUCCUCUGAGCCCGUCUCCUCCUAUGGGCGGUCAUCUGUCCAUGCACGCCAGCUAUCCGGGUCACACGCCAGGAGGACUCGUCUGCACCACUCAAUUGCCCUUUCUGCCGGGUCACGCGGUACUGUCACCCUUCAUGCUCGGCUCUCAGACUUACGGAGCUCACACAUUUUACGCGCCGCACUUAUAAGAAAUCAUCUUCAGGAGAUCUUGUCCCGGAUCGGAAGAAACCUUGUCCGGUCAAAUCCGGCACAGGAACAUUUUUAACUUGAAGCACUAUGCUGUUACACAGUUUUUGACAAACCUAUCAAAUGUCUUUGCAAGUGAGAUGUAGCAAACAUUCUUCAACUGUGGCAAGCCCAGAAUUAAGUUUAGGAAUAAUUUUCCUCAUGUCCGGCAAUACAUGCUAAUAAUUAGAUUUCAUUACAAUAUGCUUCAUUUUGAUAAAAUGUGAAUAUUUCUCAAGGUCAAACUGUAUAUAUUCAGUUAUUAUGAAACGUGUUUAGACAUUAACUUUGAAUGCACAUGAAUUAAACGAUAUGUAGGCCUACUGAAACAAAGAAUGAGAUUGGACUAAAAUCGUGUAAACAUAAGCCUAAUGAAAAGUUUUUUUGUUUUUCUUUUUCUGUGGGCCAUAUUAUUUAAUUUUGACGUUGCAUAGACUAUGCUAUUAUUUAAUUGUUUGUCUCACAAUUAAUUGGUUGAAAUAAAAUU